AUGUGCUUGGCUGAGUACAACAACUGCUUCGGUAUCACAUACAACACCAGCACCGAAGCAUGCACUCCAAAUGUAUCGAACAUUAUAUCACCUGGACAGGAAUUAUUCUACCACAUCAGGGUCUGCAAUGAAGCGAUGGGCUUUCAGCUCUACACAUCAGGAAGUCUAGCCCAAUGUUUUUAUAUAUCAAACGAAGUGAUAAACUUUACUUCUGCCAGAGAAAUCUGCGAAGCUAGGAACUCUAGAAUGUUCAUGGUUAAAUCUAGUGAGAAACUGGACUUGCUACGUCUCAUGGUUAGAACCAUAACACAGAGUCAAACAUGGGUCGGUUUGACGGACAUAGCUACUGAAGGAAACUUCGUGUGGGCGGACGGUGAAUCCACAGCGAAUGUUUCCUUGCCGAUCCCAUGGGAUGAGGGUCAACCCGAUGACGCAGAUAAUGAAGAAGACUGUGUGGAGAUGGGGAAAAGCAGUGUCGAUUUUAUUAACGACUUGCAGUGCUAUAAAACUUCAAGAUUCAUCUGCGAAGCUGAACUAUCUGCUUACUGA